CGUUCCGGUACUUCCGGGUAUGGUGCAGUGUGCAACCUGAAGCAUCUGUAACCCGAAGUAUGACUGUACAUACAUAUACAUACAAAGUUUUAAUUCUGUUAAUGCUUGUUUUAUUUUUAUUUUCUGCCCCAUAAGUUUUCAGCUGUUCUUAUGUUAUCUGUAAGCUGCCCUGAGUCAGGGGAAAAGCAGGGUAUAUAUUUGUUAGUAUUAUUUUUUAUUAUUUCUUACCUUUGCACACUCCCUUCCACCUCCUCCUCCAGCCACACCUGGUUUCCUCUCCUGCUGCUGCUGCUUCCCAUCCUCCUCCUCUUCCUCUCCUGGGAAGCGGCUGCUGCCCCUCGCUGAAGCCACCAGGGGGUCCCUCCACCUGGGGGGCAGCUCCACAGGGGCCUCCCUGACUCCCGUUUCCCCCGCAGAUGGUGAAACGGCUGAGUGAGCUCACGGGGUGCCACCAGGUGGUUGACGUGGGCGCUGGCCAGGGCCACCUCUCUCGCUUCCUGGCCUUCGGCCUGGGCCUCUCCGUCACCGCCAUCGAGGGAGACCCCCGGCUGGUCGCCCAGGCUGCCAAGUUCGACCAGGAGCUGGUGCAGGCGCUGAGGAAAGAGGGGGCCAAGCGAGGAGGGCAGAGUCUCCUUGCGAUGGUCGGCUUCUCCCUGGAAGCCCAGAAGCGCUUAGCGGCCGACAUCACCCGCGUCCUCUCCCUCUACGGCUUCAUUGCGGAUGCCUACAUCAUUGAGUUUUUCACAGACAAUCUGUGGGGCAGCCUCCCGCCGUCCUGGCAGGCCGCCCUGGCUGACCUCCAGCCCCCACAGCUGGCCGCCCUCCUGCUGGAAAAUAGACACACCAGAGAGGAAGAAGCCAGGUACAGCUCAGUCUGGCCACUCUCCCUGCUGGCCUUCAAAGCCUCUGCCGACACCUUGGCGUUCCCCAGGAGGGCCAGCGGCUGGGCCAGCAAGUCCAAGGAAGCCGGGAGGCCGGAAGAGUUCCGGGAGAACCAGUGCCAGAGCUCCAGGCUCCCGCCGCUUUUCCGGAAACACGUCAAGCCCAAGAAGCAGCACGAGAUCCGGCGGCUGGGGCAGAUGGUGAAACGGCUGAGUGAGCUCACGGGGUGCCGCCAGGUGGUUGACGUGGGCGCUGGCCAGUGUCUUCUCCCCCCUUUCCCCCAGGGCCACCUCUCUCGCUUCCUGGCCUUCGGCCUGGGCCUCUCCGUCACCGCCAUCGAGGGAGACCCCCGGCUGGUCACCCAGGCUGCCAAGUUCGACCAGGAGCUGGUGCAGGCGCUGAGGAAAGAGGGGGCCAAGCAAGGAGGGCAGGGCCCCAAUGGCAUCUCUCUCAAGGGGCCGCGGCACGUGGCCGGCUGGGUGGAUCCUGGGGCGCCGUGGACUGAGUUCUGGCAACUGCUGCAGCACCCGGAAGUGGAGGAGCGUGGCCCAGCGGUGGACGGAGGCAGCCUUGGGACGGCAGAUGUGGAUCCUGGGGGAGAGGACCUCCCAGGCCCCCCGGGACGUGGGGCCAGCAGCGCCCCCGCCUGCCACACCCCCAGGGGGCGCCAGCUGCUCCUGACGGGACUCCACGCCUGCGGUGACCUGAGCGUGGCCCUCCUGCGCCACUUCGCCCGCUGCCCCCAGGUGGCGGGCAUCACCUCUGUGGCCUGCUGCUACAUGAAGCUCACCACGGCAGAAGCCCCCGUCCCGCCAGGGCCUGGCCCCCCGCCCUGCCCCGCAGAGCCCGGCUACCCCCUGAGCGCCUGGGUCUCUGCCCUGCCCGGCCACCGGCUCUCCUACAAGGCCCGUGAGGGGGCCUGCCACGCCCUGGAGGACUACGCCCGGCGGCUCAACGGCCAGAGUGCCGCCCUCAGGACCCACUGCUUCCGCGCGGCGCUGGAGACGGUGAUCCGGGCUGCUGACCCGGCCAAGAAGCGCCUGGGGGUGCAGACCAUCGCCAAGGCCCACCAGCUCACCUUUGGCGAAUACGCCCGCUUGGGCCUGGAGAGGGUGGGGCUGGACCCUCACGCGAGGCUGGAGCCUGGCCCCCUGCAGGCACUGCUGGCUCAGGAGGGGAAAGUGGUGGCCUUCUUCAGCCUGGCCCUCCUGCUGGCCCCCCUGGUGGAGACCCUGCUGCUUCUGGACAGGAUGAUCUUCCUGCAGGAGGAAGGGUUCCACUGCCAGCUGCUCCCGCUCUUUGACCCCGCCUUCUCCCCCCGCAACCUGGUGCUGGUGGCGGCCAAGACCCCUCUGGGCUCUGCUCUCUUGGACGUGGCAGCAGAAGACUGAAGGGGACAGCUUGGCGAUGUCUGGACCCACACACCCUGCCCCACACCGCAGGAAGCCAGAGAACAGGAAUACCCAGGAUGGAAAAAGCAGGGCAUGGGCACUCUGGACACCCAGAUUCGGCCACAAACGGGGCUCCUGCUCCCAUCAUCCCUGGCCAGGUAUGGAUCAGAGAGGGUGGAAGAGGUCUGGAGAGGUUUUCCCCUUUCCAUCUGCGCAAGGGAGGCAAACAGGCUCCCAGAAGAGGCAUGGAGAUGUGAACCGCCUAACACCUUCCUCCUUGGCCCCCUCCUCAGUAAGGAAAUGCAGAGGGCAAAAGACCCUCACCCACCACCAAGUCCAGCUGAGGAACAGACUCUCCCUGGACUUUAAGAGCGGCAGAAAGCAGCUGGGAGGGGAGGACUUCAGGAAAUUCCAGUUACUCACAAAUUCCAUAAGUGGCUUGGCUGCUCAUUUCCAUCGUUUUCUGUGUUUUAUUCAUGCACUGUGGCCUUUUAUGCAUUGUAACUUUGCCGCUGUUUUUAGUAAUGUGUGGAAUGUUUUUUAAUUUAUUAACAUCACUGUUGAGAGCAGAUUUCUGCUUAUCUGAUAUUUUCAGAA